AGCAAAUCAUCUCUGCAAACAGGUUGGGCCUUAAGCAAACCGAGAAGUAGCGUUAGAUUUUCGCCAAAGGUCAAAGAAUACCUAACAGCACGUUUCACAAUAGGAGAAAGAACAGGGCGUAAGGCUGACCCAGGUUGCAGCAGACAUGCGAAAUGCUAAAAAAUGAGUCUAAUGAACGCCUGUUUACUAGAUCUGAGUGGCUUUCAAAGAACCAAGUUCAGAGCUUUUUUUCGCGGAUGGCAGCAGCACGUCGUAAAGAGCAGGGUGUUGUCGGCUUGUCAACGGAAAAGGAGGAAGACAUACAGUGCUUGCAGGAAUAUUCAGAAAGAGAGGAUCUGAUUAACACAGUAAAUGAAGAAAUUAACGUCGCACAUCCUAUCUGUUUUGACAGUUAUGACCUGUGUGAGCGUUAUCAUAGCAACACGCUCCAAGAAUUCAAUGUAGCCAUGCUUAGGAGUAUCUGCAACCAGGGACAAAAAGAAAUUCCUCUUAGACAAGCUGACAGUCAUGAUAAGUGA